AUGCGCGUCAUCAUCCUCCUAGCCCUUUUGGGCACCGCUCUCGCGGUCCCCAAGAGCAUCAGCCGUAUCGUCGGCGGCAGCCCGACCACCGUGGACCAAUACCCGUACAUGUCCAACAUGCAGUACGGUCUGUGGGGCAUCUGGUGGUUCCAGGCCUGCGGUGGAUCUCUGCUGACUCCAAACUCCGUGCUCUCUGCAGCUCACUGCUACUUCGGUGACAUUCCUGCCGAGUGGCGUGUGCGCCUGGGUACCUCUUUCGCGUCCAGCGGUGGCUCUCUGCACUCCGUGUCCCAGCUGGUCCUGCACCAACAGUACAACCCCAGCACACUCGACCAUGAUGUCGCCAUUGUUCGUCUGGCCAGCCCUGCCGUAUACUCCAACAACAUCCAGCCCGCUAGCGUCGCUGGCAGCAGUUACUCUCUUCCUGACAACACCCUCGUCACCACCGUCGGAUGGGGUACUCUCUCUAGCGGCGGCUCUUCUCCUGAGCAACUGCAGCACGUGGACAUCAACGUCAUCAACCAGCAGCUGUGUGCUGAGCGCUACGCCUACCUGAAGACCCAGCCCGGCUACCAAAACUGGCCUGACAUCACCGACAACAUGCUGUGCGCUGGUAUCUUAAACGUCGGAGGCAAGGACGCCUGCCAGGGAGACUCUGGCGGUCCCCUCGCUCACAACAAGAAUGUCAUCGUCGGUGUUGUCUCCUGGGGCUUCCAGUGCGCUGAUGCUUUCUACCCUGGUGUCAACGCUCGCGUCUCCCGAUACUCACAAUGGAUCGCUCAGAACGCUUAA